CGUCGACUGAAGAGGGCGUAUCGCAGGCGCCAAAGCACGGAAAACUGUGAAAAAGUGAAAGAAAACCAAUUCGGCAAAAGUGGCAAAGAAUAGGUGCUUUAUAUGCUUUUAGCAUGCACCAGCUGUAGCUGCGCCGAAAAGUAUGCAAUAUACACAACUGUAUAUGUGAGCACCAGUGUGGCUGUGAGUGCAUGUUGCUAGCGAGACAACCACUUGUGAAUAUCGAAGUAUUGUAUGUAUUUUCAAGGCGAAGCAGGCACAAAAGCAAAAACAACAACGCUAACGAUAGCAUGCCACACAACAGCAAAUAUCAUAACAAAGUUUCUUGGAAAUAUUACAAUAACAAAAAGUGAAAUAUACAGCACGCAGCAUACGCCGUGUUAUACACAACAAAAACAACAAGAAGCAUAAGAAGCACAUUGAAGGCGAGGUUUUAACUGACAACAUUUAACAGUAUUGCUAACAAACAACAAACACAAUAGCCAAAAGCACUAUUUCUCAGCGCCGCCAACACACCACCAGCAGGCUGUCAGUUAUUUACACUGCCGUCGCCGUUGCUUAUUUACAGUGCAGGAAAUGGAUUUUCAAAGCCACAACAACACCACCGGAAAUAAGUUUGUCUGUCCCAGCGACAGACAAUUGGCAUUGAGAGCAAAAUUACGCGCUGGAUGGAGCAGCUCCAAGACCAACGAACCGCUUCGGCCCGAUGAGCAAGCCGCUAUUAUUUCCGUUAUACGCCGCAAUGAGGAAAUCGAGACCGCCGAGCGGCAACGCGUUGGUCGACUUGUUGAACGUGUGGAGAAAAUUAAACAACGCGCCGUCGAAGGUGGUCCAAAUUGUUGUCGGCUCUGCGGUGACACCUUUGGGCUGCUGCGUUCGACGCGCAUCAUUUGUGAGGACUGCAAGAAAUCGGUGUGUGCAAAAUGUAGCGUCGACAUUAAUAUACGCUAUCAUACCAGUGAUCGCACGCGCGAAAUAUGGUUGUGCCGCAUCUGCUCGGAGACACGCGAAAUGUGGAAAAAGUCGGGCGCAUGGUUUUUCAAAGGGCUUCCCAAUUAUGACGCACCCAGCAGCACUAAUUCGACACCCACACACCAGUCAGCAAGUGGCGGCGCCAUGUCUGAUGUGUUGCUGCCGCCGCGUGGCGCACAAAGCUGCAACAAUACGCCCACACGCAAUGUGCGCGUUAAGAAGCUGACAAUACAUGUGGACGAUAGCAGUAGUUCGGAAGAGGAUACAAACGGUGGCGGCGGCGGUGGUGGUGAUGUUGUGGAUGGCGCCAUCAGCGCUGUGUGUGUUGCAGCGCCGUUGACAACAGCACGCACACCGAACAGAAAUUCCUUCAACGCUGAUGUCUCACCACCAGCGGCGACGCGUAUGCAACGUGAGGAUAGUUUUCGUCUGCGUACUUUCGGCUCCAUACGCAGUUUCAUUGAUAGCGGUGAGCGCAAACUUUCCAAUUCUUUUUUCGCCAAUCGUCAGUCAUCGCGUACAGAAAGUAGUCAACAGGACUAUGAUACCAUAUCAACGGCAUCGACUGUCACUUCGGUGAACAAUAGACGUGAGAGCAAUUGUAAUUAUACGCGUCGCAGUUCCGUCUCGUCAUCUUGGUCGAUCAGCGGCGAAAGUUCAUCGGGCAAUUCGGCGAACACGAGCAAUCAUGUGCCCAAUCACAAUCAAGUAAAUUUGCACUGUCGCGAGUUGCUCGGUUGGCUCGAGGUGGCGGUUAGCUAUCGUGAGAGCGUACAUAGUUUAGACUGCGUUAUGGUAAGAGCGCGCGAUCUGCCUGCUAUGGAUGCGGCUGGUUUAACGGAUCCCUAUUGUAAGGUGAACCUCGUGACGCCCGAUGGUAUGACCAAGUAUUCGCGUUGGUUGCGUACCAAAACUGUGCAUAAGACUCGCAACCCUGAAUUUAAUGAAACUUUGCAAUUUGUGGGCGUCGAACCGGAGGAACUAGGCGGUUCGUCGCUGUAUGUUGCGAUAUUCGAUGACGAUAAGUAUGGACACGACUACUUGGGAGGCGCUAAAAUUUCGCUCUCGCCGGUGCACAAUACUAAUCAAUAUCGCAUAUCUGUGCCGUUGGGUGGCGAGGAUCGGUUUAGCAAUGAAGCGGAAAUGUCACAGGAGUGGCCGCAUGGCAAAAUUCUAAUAUCACUAUGCUAUAACACAAAGCGACGUGCUUUGGUGGUGAAUGUAAAGCAGUGCAUUAAUUUGAUACCGAUGGACAACAAUGGCAGCUCGGAUCCAUUUGUUAAGCUACAACUGAAACCUGAUUCUCAUAAGAAUAAAAAAUACAAAACCGGUGUCAAAUGGCGCACAUUAAAUCCAAUAUAUCGCGAAGAAUUCUAUUUCGAAUCCAGUCCACAUGAUCUGAAUAAACAAACGUUAUAUAUAACCGUUUGGGAUAAAGACAUUGGCAAGAGCAAUGAUUUUCUGGGCAGUUUGGUAAUCGGCUACAAUAGCAAGGGCGAACGUUUGCAGCAGUGGCUGGAUUGCAUAAAAUUGCCGGAUCACUUUCACGAGAAAUGGCAUUGUUUGUCAGGGGAACACCCAACGCAUUAAUCAAAUGAGUGACGGAGCGUAUUGAAAUUUAUAAAAAAAAAAAUUAACACUUAUAAUAAAAUUAUAAAAAAAAACCUGACCAGGGUUGCGAAUUUUUUAAUUAAACAUUUUUGAAUUUAAAAUUAGAUUUUUGUCGGAUCCGAAUUAAACAUUUUUUAUCGAAUUUUUUUAAUUAAUUAAUUAAAAAUAUUUUUUCGAAUUUUUUUUAAAUUCCAAUUUUGGCAACUUUAUUGCAGAAGAGUAAUACAAAUUAAAUCGCUUCAAUGUGCAAGUUUGUCAGCCACUUUUCUGCGUAUAGGCACGAAGUACACCAUCGUGCAAAAAUAUUAAUUCGAAAACAAUUAUUUUUAUUACAAACUUGGGAUUAACUUUUUGUUAUUUUUCAAUCCAGUAUUUGGGUUUAGAAAUACUAAAUUUAUUUUAAUUAAAGUUUUCGGAAUUACAAAAUAAAAAUUUCCAAUCCUGGACCUGACACAAGCAUUAUAUAAUGUUAUGAUUGUAAAAAUAUAAAUAUGCAUUUGGCUCGAAGUGCAAUGCAUUUAUAUUUAUAUAUGUAUAGUUACAUAUGCAUUAUACAUAUAUACAUACAUACAUGCAUAUGCAGAUGUAUGUAUGUAUGUACAUAUGUAAUCCACCCACAGAAAUUGUUGCCAAAAUUUUUAAACUAAAAAUUACGUAUGUAUAUUAAUUUAUUUUGUUAUACAAACUGCUACACAAACUCUUACAUAAGUUAUUUACUACAUAUCGUCACCUGAAAUGCAAAAUAACGUAUCAUCAAAAAAUUCGAAAUUGAGUGUCUUAUUGAUUACGCUUCACUACUUCAAAUUACAUACAUAAUAUUACAUAUGUAUGUUCAACAUUUUCAGGUACUGCGGUCAGAUAUAAACCAGUUUUAACCAAUAUUAAAAUUUUGUUUCACUCAUGUUCCAUUUUAUUUCGUGUUUCAUUCAUGCCACUGUAAAUUUCCGAAAAUGUUGUUACGUUAUUUUGCAUUUCAGGUGACGAUAUAUACAUACAUAUGUAUGUAUAUGCAUUUAAUAAAUAACGUGCUGUAAAUACUUACAUGCACACACAUGUUUGAAGGUACUUGGACAUGUCUUUGCUUGUCACCUGUAUCAUCCGCAACGGCAUCGUCGACCCUCCUUAUUCAGCAUAUUUAUUACCCCAAUUUUGCUGCAUUAUAUUUUAUAGUAUGUACUAUAAAUUGUUUUUAAGUGUCCUUAAAUGGGUUAAAUAAGCAUCAAUCAAACACACACACACACACGAAAUAUAUUUUUAAAUAGCAUUAAGCAUAUAAAAAUAAAACACGAACUGUAACUGCUAUGUAAGCGAACGCGUAUGCAUUAAUACACACAAUUACUUUGUUUAAUACAAAAAAAUUUUGCUGGAAUAAAAUAUGAGAACUUGAUACGAUAAAAUUAA